ACUUGAGAGGGUCCACCUUUACCAGUACAGUACACUGUGUGGCUAGAAUAAAUACACCUCGUUUGAUUCAGCUCUUCCAUCUCCUUCCUAAGCAAAGCAAAGCAAAGCAUUACUGUAUCUCCCAAGUAAGCAGUGAAGAUGUCUCAUCCAGAAAUCACUAACAGAUGGUCUCUCCAGGGAACCACUGCUCUUGUCACUGGUGGAACCAAAGGGAUCGGAUAUGCUGUUGUGGAAGAAUUGGCAGCCCUAGGAGCAUGUGUUCAUACAUGUGCGAGGACCCAAGGCCAGAUUGAUGCAUGCUUACGUCAAUGGAAGGAGAGGGGUCUUAAAGUUAGCGGAUCAGUCUGUGAUGUAUCCUCUCAAGCUGACCGAGAGAAGCUGAUAAAGGAGGUUUCCUCCCUGUUUGGUGGGAAACUCAACAUUCUUAUCAACAAUGCUGGAACCAAUGUAUACAAACCAACUUUAGAAUACACGGCUGAGGAUUUCUCAUUUUUGAUGAAUACAAAUCUCCAAUCUGCUUUCCAUCUGUCCCAACUUGCACAUCCACUUUUGAAAGCUUCAGGAGCUGGAAGGAUUGUCUUUGUGUCCUCUAUUUGCGGCGUGACAUCUGUCAACAUUGGAUAUCCUAUAUACUCAGCCUCUAAAGGAGCAAUUAACCAACUCACAAGGAACCUGGCAUGCGAAUGGGCCAAAGACAAUAUUAGGGUUAAUUCCGUCGCUCCUUGGUUCAUCAACACCCCAAUGAAUGAAGAUAGUCUUCAAAAUGAAAGUGUUGUGAAGGAGCUUGCUUAUCGGACCCCCAUGGGACGUGCUGGAGAACCAGGAGAAGUCUCUUCUGUUGUCGCAUUUCUUUGCCUGCCGGGGCCAUCGUUUACAACUGGACAGGUCAUUUGUAUUGAUGGAGGGUUGUCAGUGAACGGCUUUUCCAUGGGUUGAAAACACAAUACUCUACUAGGAGAGCGGAAUAAGAGGAUAUCCCUCCUCAGUAGUGGAUAAUCGAUCUGUGUGCAUGUGUGUGUGUGAGAGAGAGAUAGUACGAAGCAAAUGUUUGUUCUUUUGAGUUGUUGGGCUAAAAAAUAAGCGAUAUGUGCCUUUGUAUCCAAGUCUUAGUAUUGACUUGUAUGUCUGGAUUUUGCGAGCUCAAGUGUGAUAUAUAGACAAUAAUGACUGCUCUAUUA